AUGGUGCUAGGACCGACAGCCACUACCACCAAGGCUCCUAAAGUGGAUCUCAUUGCACACAAACUUGUGAGAAUUGAACGUGAUGGUGAUGAACGACAACCGCCAAACGUGUUUGCGGCGGACUCGGUGGUGGAGGAGCUUAGCAAACCCUGGAAGCAGGCGUUGGUUGUGAAACUGAUCGGGAAGAAUUUGGGUUACAGCUUGAUGAAAUCGAAACUCAACCUUCUGUGGAAACCGAGUGGAGGCUUUGACAUCAUUGUGAUUGACCAUGGCUUCUAUAUGGUCAAGUUUGACAAGGAUGAAGAUCGGGAGAAGGUGCUGCAUGGUGGGCCUUGGAUGAUCUUCGACCACUGUGUGGCGGUGGCGCAGUGGAGUCCUGAUUUUGUGCCCUCGGCUGCAGCCCUUAAGACACUCGUUUGGAUCCGAUUUCCAGGGCUAAACCCAGCUUUCUACGAAGAAAGCUUUCUUCUGGCCCUGGCGGCGGCAGUAGGAAACCCUGUUAGGGUUGAUGGAGCAACACUACACAUGCAUCGAGGGAGGUACGCUCGAGUGUGUGUGGAGUUAGAUAUCUCCAAGCCUGCGGUGAAACAGUUAUGGUUCAGGGAGCAGCUGGUUGAUGUCCAUUAUGAAGGAUUACAUAUCCUGUGUGAGAACUGUGGCUGCUUCGGUCAUCUGCGACGGAACUGCAUGGUGCCGGCGGCGGCCAACAAGCAUGAGCAAGUGGACGGGGAAUUACCAAAGUACCCUGGGAAAUUCAAAAGUGCAGAAGCAGCAGUUUCGCAUGAGCAGCGUGAGGAGGGGCAUGAAUUUCGCUCUGAAUGGAUUCCAGUUAAGGGAAAAAAUUCAAAAAAGAGUAAACCAAUUAAGGGAAAAUCUGUGGGGCCCAAUGGAGCUUUAAAUACUGGCGUUAAGUCAGGGAAAAAUAAUGUGGCUGCCAAAACCUCACACCACGUGAAAGGCAAAGAGCCUGCUAAGGUUGUCGUGUCGCACACGUCAAGGAACCCGCCGUUAACUACUCCUCUGAAGCGACGGCGAGUUGCGGGUGGCAACGCUGGUACCGGGCAUGCGCCACAGACACAGCCCUUUACGGGGAAACCAGGAGUACAGUUGGAGUACCACGCGAAAGAGAACCAUGCAGGGUUUGUCUUAGAACCUGUGGGGAACACCAGUGGAGAUCAAGACUUUCCUCCGCUUCAGCGAAUGUUAAACUUUGAAGCGCUUGGGACACAGGAAGAAGGGGAGAUUGUGGCUGCAAUGUUGGAUUUCUUUGACCAAGCUAUAUCAGUGGAAGUGAAGGGAUCGACGGGGAGUUGGGCUUGCACCGGGGUUUACGCCAGCCCCACGCUAACCACUCGUGCUAGUUGCUGGGACCGUAUAUAUGAUAUCUGCAGGCGACUACAACAGCCUUGGAUGCUUGUAGGAGAUUUUAAUGAGUGCUUGUUGAGUUCAGACCAGCGGGGAGGCUCUUUCUCUCAGACCAGGUCUGAUGUUUUUUAUAAUCUGCUUCAAAAAUGUACGCUUAUCCCGCUCCAUACCAUUGGACUACGGUUUACAUGGGUUCGCAAGGUGGGUGGUCGUAUAGCCCUGAGUAAGAAGCUUGAUUGGUGCUUGGUUGAUCAAGAAUGGUGUGUCCGAUUCCAGAACGAUGUUGCGGAGAAUUUAACUCGUUUUCAUUCAGAUCAUUCACCAGUUCUUGUGAGGUGUGGCGGUUUUACCACAACCACGGGGGAGCGGCCAUUUAGAUUCGAAGCGGCUUGGGCAACUCACCCUGCAUAUGCUAACGUGGUGGCAGAUGCGUGGGGGGAGGGCAAUCUGAAUUCUAAAUUACAUAUGGUUCAACACCAAUCUCGUAUCUUCAACAGGGACGUGUUUGGCCAUAUAACUAAGCGGAAACAGAACCUGGAAGCUCGUAUUAAGGGUAUUCAGCGGAGCCUUGAUCGGGUUGAUUCAGCUUCUUUGUCAAUCUUGCAUAACCAGCUUCAAUAUGAGUUAGAUCAGACGUUGGAGCAGGAAGAGAUCUUUUGGUUCCAAAAAUCCCGGGAACAGCAAGCGCUCUAUGGUGGUAGGAACACGAAAUAUUUCCAUACUCAAGCUCUGAUUCGCAGAAAGAGAAAUAAAAUACAUGCUCUUGCCCUUCCUUCGGGGGAGGUUUGCACCGAUGACCAAGUGCUGCAGCAAGAAGCCAUUCGGUUUUUUAAAGAGUUGUUUUGCACAGGUGGUAAUGUGAGACCUUUGCCUAUGGCUGAGUGUGUUUGUCCUACCUUGGGUUUUAAUCAUGCUGGCAGAUUGGUGGCGGAGGUCACGAAAGAAGAGGUUUGGGAAGCGGUUUCCACCAUGGGUCCUCUUAAGUCUCCGGGUCCGGAUGGGUUUCAGGCAAUGUUCUUUAAAACCUAUUGGCACAUUGUUGGAGAUGAUAUAUGGCAGUUAGUGCGUGAUGCUUUUGCCUCAGGUACUUUCCCUUCUUUAGUGUCUGAAACUCUUAUUGCUCUUAUUCCCAAAGUGGAUGUGCCUAAGUCGUUUAGGGACCUGAGGCCAAUUAGUUUAUGCAAUGUAGUGUAUAAAAUUAUUACAAAGGUCCUGGUUCUUCGCCUCCGACCUUGUCUUCAGGAGAUUGUGGGCCCCCUUCAGAGUAGCUUUAUUCCUGGAAGGGGAACGACGGAUAAUGCAAUCAUUUUGCAGGAGGUUGCUCAUUUUAUGCAGGAUAAGAAGAAACGGAGCCGAAAUGUGGUGUUCAAGUUGGACCUAGAGAAAGCUUAUGACAGGAUUGAUUGGGGGUUUUUAGAGGAGACUCUGAAGGAGUUCGGGUUCCCUCCCAUGACCACCAUUCUUAUUAUGCAUUGUGUCUCCUCCACAGCUAUGUCUAUUAUUUGGAAUGGGACCCGGUUACCGGCCUUCAAAGCAACAAGAGGACUCCGCCAAGGGGAUCCUCUUUCCCCUUACCUAUUUGUGCUUUGUAUGGAGCGGCUUGCGCACAUGAUCCAGCAUGAGGUGAAUUCUGGCCGCUGGAAACUAGUGAUGAUCUCUCAAGGGGGUCCAGGUAUUUCACAUUUAUUUUUUGCAGAUGAUGUUCUUUUAUUUGCCAAGGCAGAAGUUGAGCAAAUCAGGGUGGCUCAAAGAAUUCUUGAUCGUUUCUGUGGUGCGUCCGGUUUGAAGAUUAAUUUUGCAAAAUCAAAGGCCAUGGCUUCUUGGAGUGUGGAUAGCAGGUUAAAGGAGAGGUUCACUUCUAUUACGGCCAUACCGUUUUCGGAUAAUAUCGGAAAAUACUUGGGAUUUCCAAUCAUCCACGGCCGGGCUAGAAAGGAGGAUUAUCAGUUUGUGAUUGAUCGCGUAACGUCAAAGCUUGCAACUUGGAAAUCAAACCUGCUCAAUAAACCAGCAAGGGUGACACUGGCUAAGUCUGUUCUUUCAGCUAUUUCGGUCUAUAUUAUGCAGCUCCAUUGGCUUCCACAGUCUGUUUGUGAUCAGUUAGAUGCUGUGGUUCGAAGGUUUGUUUGGGGAAAUGCGAAUGGUCCUGGAGUCUCUAUGCUGUCUUGGAAGAAGCUGAUCCAGCCACGGAAACAAGGAGGUCUUGGAAUUAGGGAGGCUCGCAUGAGUAAUAUAUCAUUACUGGGAAAACAGCUUUGGCACCUGGUUCAAAAUGCUGACAAGUUUUGGGUUAAAACCGUGGGUGCGCGUUACGUGGCUGGCCACGAGCUUUUUUCAGUGCCUCAGAGCACGGGCUCUCCUUUUUGGCGUGCUAUGAUAAGAACCAGGGAGAAGCUCAGAGAGGGUUUUGUGGGAAGAAUUGGCAAUGGUAACACAUCUUUCUGGUUUGGUGAUUGGCUACCACAAGGAAGGCUGUGUGAACGAGUUCCUUAUGUUGAUAUUCAUGACUUGGAGCUCACCAUUCGUGAUGUGUAUGCCUCUGGUUCCUUUGAUAGUAGCAUCUGUUACACUCCUAUCCCCCCUGACCUUUGCUCUUUGUUGAAUCUGUACCAUCAUGUUGUGUGCGAUGAGGGCACAGAGGACUGUAUCGUGUGGAAUCAGAACGUAGAUGGGCAGUAUACAGCAAAGGCGGGCUACCAGUGGCUAUUGAGUAAGCUUGUUAAUUCUAUUCCUAUGGCACUACCGUGGGGACAUUGCUGGAAGUUGCCUGUACCUGAGAAUAUUCGUUUCUUCGUUUGGCAGGCGUUACACAACGCGGUGCCCACGUUAGAGGUACUGAUGCACCGUCAUUUGGCAACGGCAGCGACAUGCAAGAGGUGUGGGGUGGCUCCUGAAUCUCUGCUGCAUUGUGUUCGUGACUGCUCUAAGGCGGAGCAGAUCUGGCGAGCUAUCGGAGUUGUGCUACCGAGCUCUUUCUUCGCGCAACCGGACUUCAUGAGUUGGAUGAGAAUGUUUCAUGGUUUUGGAUUGACUUUAUUCUUAGCUACGGUGUGGGUGAUAUGGAAGCAACGAUGUCGCUUCUAUUUUGCUGGGGAGUUGCAAGUGGUUCACCGUGUGAUCCGAGAGAUUCGGGCCUUGUAUGAGACCAUAGUUCGUGUUUAUUCCAGUGUUAGUGUGCAGCAGCAGCCAAGGUUUGUUUGUUGGCAAUUUCCGCGAGCAGGUUUUGUGGCUUUGAAUACGGAUGGUAGCUCGCUGGGCAAUCCAGGCCUGUCUGGUUUUGGUGGGGUGGUACGUGAUAGCCAGGGUCGUUGGCUGUUUGGUUUCGCUAGGCACCUUGGAGUGACCGAUUGUUUACGCGCUGAACUAGUUGCAAUCCUCUAUGGCUUGGAUGCGUGCUGGCAUCGCAGAUACCGGAAGGUUGAGCUUUUCACUGAUUCUUUGGUGGCUUUGGGUCUUAUCACGAAGCCUCAUUCUUCUUUUCAUCACUAUGCAGCCGUCGUGAAUGGAAUCAAAAGCCUAUUGCAGCGUAAUUGGGAUGUUACUUGCCAUCACCUCCUUCGCGAGGGUAAUGCAGCGGCCGAUCAUAUGGCUAAGAUGGGUGCGGGAAGCACGGGGACGAUGGUGUUUUUUGAUGAACAACCGCCUGGCCUUACGAUUGUGUUGGAAGCAGAUCGCAUGGGGACCCUGCAUCUUAGGAUGUGA